GUACAGCCAUACAGGAGAGCCCAAAUGUAAGCUUAGAAAGACUAGUGUAGAAAAAUAGAGACCGCAGGAUCAGUCCAAGAGAAUUGGUAGGUAAAAGAUUGAUGUGGGAAUCAAAAUACAGCCACUUGUCUGAUAGACAGUCAUCUGGACUCGAUCACCGUGAAGAAACAACAUUUCAUCUCAAAACACAUACAAGCAGAGAUGGUACAGAGUCAAAUUCAUCAAGCUGAAUCUGGUAGCAGAGAUGAAGAAGAAGAAGAAAAGAACAUGGCUGCCUGGCUUCUUGGAAUCAAAAUAAUCAAAAUUCAACCUUACAACCUUCCUCCUCUUGGUUCCCAUGAUGUGAAAGUUCGAAUAAAAGCUCUUGGUAUAUGUGGAAGUGAUGUCCAUCACUUCAAGAAUAUGAGAUGUGCAAAUUUCAUUGUGAAAAAGCCAAUGGUUAUAGGGCAUGAGUGUGCUGGCAUCAUUGAAGAAGUUGGGAGUGAAGUGAAGUCUCUGGCAGUGGGCGAUCGUGUAGCACUGGAGCCUGGAAUUAGUUGCGGGCGAUGCAAUCUGUGCAAACUUGGUCGCUACAAUUUAUGCCCUGAAAUGAAGUUCUUUGGAUCUCCCCCAACAAAUGGCUCUCUUGCAAACAAGGUGGUGCAUCCGGCGAAUCUGUGUUUUAAAUUACCUGACAAUGUGAGCAUGGAGGAAGGAGCAAUGUGUGAGCCUCUCAGUGUGGGAAUUCAUGCAUGUCGCCGUGCCAAUGUCCGUCCUGCAACAAAUGUAUUGAUCAUGGGAGCAGGUCCUAUAGGCCUUGUUACCUUACUGGCUGCCCGUGCAUUUGGUGCCGCCAGAGUUGUCAUUGUUGAUGUUGAUGAUGUUCGUUUAUCCAUUGCCAAGAAUCUUGGAGUGGAUGAGAUUGUUCAGGUUUCAACAGAUGUACUGAAUGUUGGCGAUGAAAUGGUAAAGAUACAGACUGCCAUGGGAUCUGGCAUUGAUGUAAGCUUUGAUUGUGUCGGGUUUAACAAAACCAUGUCAACUGCUCUGAAUGCCACCCGUUCCGGUGGCAAAGUCUGCUUGAUAGGGUUGGCCAAGAGUGAGAUGACUAUUCCUCUUACUCCAGCUGCUACAAGGGAGGUCGAUGUAAUUGGUAUAUUCCGGUAUAGGAACACAUGGCCGCUCUGCAUCGAAUUCUUGAGAACCGGCAAGAUUGAUGUCAAACCGUUGAUAACUCAUAGGUUUGGCUUUUCGCAGGAGGAGGUAGAAGAAGCCUUCGAGACCAGUGCUGGUGGAGGGAAAGCUAUUAAGGUUAUGUUUAAUCUGUAGACAGGUAUUUUCAUAAGUAUAUAAGCAAAUGUGAGUAAACCAGUGAUGAACUCUCUGCUGAAUGAUCUAUCAUAAGUUGGAGGGAACUUUUGUAAUGAAGAAGAUGUAUUUUAUUCAUGUUAAGGCUUCUUACAUAGAAGAAUAUAAUUACAAAUAA